UGAUUUUGCAUUUCCGGGGAGAGAACUGUAUGUAAACAAUACAGUUAUCUCCUCUGUCAGCUCCUGCACAGUGCUUUGCAUGGCUCUGUAUAGCAGAGCCAUGCAAAGCAGUGUGCUUACAGUUGAAAGUACAAACACAGCACACAAUUAACCCUUUGAUUGCCCCACAUGUUAACCCCUUCCUGCCCAGUGCCAUUAGUACAGUGUCAGUGCUUUUUAUUAGCACUGAUCACUGUUUUGGUGUCACUGGGGAUGUCAGUGACACCAAGUCAGUUCCCCCCAGUGUCAGAAUGCCCGCUUCAGUCCUACUAU